CUGCCGUGGGGAGGGGCAGCGGCCCGGGAAGGCAGUUAGAAAGCCCGCCAAAUGCUCUUUCCGCCGCCGAGGCCCGCGAAGGCGGGGGGAGGGGGGAGCACCUAGGCUCUGUGGAGGGAGAAAGAGGAAGCGCUCCGCACCAGCGCCCCGCCUGCCUCCCCACGCCAAUACCCGGGCUCCACACACCGUCCUGCUCAGCCUUCAGCCCCGCCCGCUAGAGGGAUCCUCCUGCUCCCAUUUGCGUCCGUGUGUCCCUGGCCACCUCAGAUUCCUCCCUCCCGCCGCUCCUGACUCCAGCUCGCCGCGCUCGGGCUACCUGGUUCCACUUUUCUGGGCCUUUCCACUCCCGGAAGGGACGGGUAGUGGGGGCACUGAGGGCACGCGCUAGCCGCAGUGUGUAGGAUUACUUGGCCCCGGCCCGGGCCAUGGCGCCCAGGACUACAUUUCCCGGCGUGCGCUGCGCCCGCGCUGCGGUCAGCUGACCGGUCUCGUGAAGUGCUGACUGUCAAGGGGUUCGACCGACUGGCGGAGGAGAGGUGACUGCCCUGGGCCGCCGCUGACCUCCGACAAGCGGAGCCAAAAUGUCCCCGGAAUCUAAAAAGCUUUUCAACAUCGUUAUUCUAGGAGUUGCCUUUAUGUUUAUGUUCACCGCCUUUCAGACUUGUGGAAAUGUGGCGCAAACUGUCAUCAGGAGCUUAAAUAGCACAGAUUUUCAUGGCAGUGGAUAUACCAGCUUGGCAAUUAUUUACGGUGUGUUCUCUGCCUCCAAUCUGAUCACUCCAUCCGUGGUUGCCAUCGUUGGACCUCAGCUCUCCAUGUUUGUCAGUGGCUUGUUUUACAGCAUGUACAUUGCCGUUUUUAUCCAGCCUUUCCCAUGGUCCUUCUACACGGCUUCUGUCUUCAUUGGAAUUGCAGCUGCUGUACUUUGGACAGCACAAGGAAAUUGCCUGACGAUAAAUUCCGAUGAGCACACAAUCGGGAGAAACAGCGGCAUUUUCUGGGCACUCUUGCAGUCUAGCUUGUUCUUUGGAAAUCUCUACAUAUAUUUUGCCUGGCAAGGGAAAACUCAAAUUUCAGAGAAUGACCGAAGGACAGUGUUCAUUGCCCUCACAGUGAUAAGCCUCGUGGGGACAGUUCUAUUCUUUCUCAUUCGGAAACCAGAUCCUGAGAAUGUCCCUGGAGAAGAAGAGUCUUGCGAUGACCAGGACAUGGAAGCCACUGAGUCUGCCCAGAACAAUGUGACAAAGGCAGUAGAUGCGUUUAAGAACUCUCUGAAGUUGUGCGUCACCAAGGAGAUGCUGCUCCUGAGUGUUACGACUGCCUACACAGGUCUGGAGCUGACAUUUUUCUCUGGGGUGUAUGGAACCUGUAUUGGAGCUGUAAACAAAUUUGGGACAGAGGAGAAAAGCCUCAUUGGACUCUCUGGAAUUUUCAUCGGCAUUGGAGAAAUUUUAGGUGGAAGCCUCUUUGGCCUGCUGAGCAAGAACAAUCGCUUCGGCAGGAACCCAGUCGUGCUGCUGGGCACCGUAGUGCACUUUUUAGCCUUUUACUUGGUCUUUCUCAAUAUGCCCGGAGAUGCACCCAUUGCCCCCGUGGAGGGAACUAACAGCAGUGCAUACAUCAGGCCCAGCAAAGAAGUUGCCAUUCUCUGCAGUUUUCUGCUGGGGCUGGGAGACAGCUGCUUCAACACCCAGCUGCUUAGCAUUCUGGGUUUUCUCUACGCAGAGGACAGCGCGCCAGCCUUCGCAGUCUUUAAGUUUGUUCAGUCCAUCUGCGCAGCCGUGGCCUUUUUCUACAGCAACUACCUCCUCCUUCACUGGCAACUCCUGGUCAUGGUGAUAUUUGCGUUCUUUGGAACCAUUUCUUUCUUCGCUGUGGAGUGGGACGCUGCUGCCAUUGUGGCCCGAGGCUCUGACUACCGAAGUAUUUGAUGAGGCAUUCGUCUCAGGACACACAGCUGGCCACAUCACACUGCUGGUUAAAGUGGCCACCUGUCAGUCUCAGACAGCUUGGCGGUGUGGAGUGUGGGAAGAGAGAGAACCCAGACUGUUAAGUCAGGUGGAGUUGCUAUUAAAGUUUACAGAUCCUGGCAGUUUAAAGCUAGUGGGAAAUCCUGCCCAUCAGUGACAGCUGGUCCGAGAUGUUCGUCCUCCCCCUUCCUCAGCUCCUUACAAUCAUGUCUCCCUAAUCCUCAUGGAGAAGUCCUUUCUGGAUCGCCAUGUGUCAUGGGGAUUCUUGCUGGCUCUGGAGUAUGUUUCAAUAUUUAGGAAUAGGAAGCAGAUGCCACUCCAUGUGUGGAUCUGGAAGUGACUUUCAAAUAGAUAGCAAGGAUGCUGAGAUACAGUUGUUUUUGAGACAGGGUCUCACUGUGUAGCCCAGGCUGGCCUUGGGCUUGCAGCCCUCCCCCUGCCUCAGGUGUUGGGGUUAUAGUGUGUGCCCAACACAGGAUUUAAAAUGCUCCAGUCUUUUUGAGUUAGGAUCUUGGCUGGCCUGGACUUUGUAUACCAGGCAGUACUCCUGCCGUUGUCUCCAGAAUGUUGGGGUGGUACGAGUAUGCUACCACAGCGCUAGGCAUGAGACCUUAACCUCUUUAAAUGCCUUGUCGUUCCUAGCAAGAGGUGGCCAGUCACGUGUCAUGAGGUAAAGACUGGGUCAUGUGACAAUAAAAGCAUAUUUAGAGAAGUAAAGAGUAUUUCCUGGUGGAGGACUUCCGCUGUGAUUUCCCUGACAGUUACAAUAAAGAAAACUCCAUCCUCCUAGCGGGCCCUGUGCAGCCAUCCUGUCUGAGAGAAUGCUUAAGGACCAUCGACCGUCUUCUGCAAGAGCUGACGCUUCUGCGACGGAGUUAUUAAAUAACCUAAGCAAUAUCAGGUCUUCUCUGUACUCCAGGUUGGCUUCCAACUCUUGCUCCUGCAGCCUCAACCUCUGCCUCAAAUUCAACAUAAUAUGUGGGUGUACAGAAGGUUAUAUAACCAUCAUUUUAUCUAAUAAUAUUUUAUUUUUAAAUUCU